UUAAUCAAAUAUUAUAAAGAAAAUUUUAAUUAUGAUUAUUGGAAAAUUCGAAAUGUAAAAUUUCUGAAACCUUUACCAAUAUUUGGUAAUUAUUUGCCAGCAAUUUUAAUGCAAAUGAGUACUGGAAAAUUGUUAGAAAAAAUACAUAGGCAUUACGAAAAUGAACCUUACGUUGGAUUUUACAUAUUUAAUAAACCAUAUUUAUUAAUAAAAGAUCCAAAAAUAAUUCAAUCAAUUUUGGUAAAAGAUUUUACUAAAUUUAAUAAUCGUUCAACAGCAUCAGUUAUUGAAAAUGAUUUUAUUGGUACAUACAGUUUAUUUGCAUUAAAAGAUACAGAGUGGAAAGUUUUACGUAGCAAAGUUUUGCCGUUUUUCUCAACAAAACAAAUGAAAUUAAUGUUUGAAUUAAUAACCGAUGUAGGGGAACAUCUAAAUGAAGAAAUUAAACAAAUUUAUAACAAAAAAACAAAUAUAAUUGAGACGAAAGAUACGGCUGGAAAGUUUGCAUCAGAUAUUAUUGCGGCAUGUGUUUAUGGUAUUCCACCUCCAAACGAAUUUCUUCAAAUUAGCAAAAGUAUAUUUGAAGCAAGUGUUAUUCGAAAUUUCGAAUUAAAUUCCUUCUUUUUUAUGCCAAUUUUUGCUGCUAUAUUUAAAUUUACAUUUAUUGGACAUAAAGCCACAAAUUAUUUACGAAUGUUAUUUUGGAAUAUUAUAAAUACUAGAGAAAUGGAAGUACAGCAUAAUUCAAAGAUGAAACAAGAUAAUUUUUUGAAUUUUUUAAUAGAAUUACGAAAAAAUAAAGAAAUUUCAUUAACUCAUGAUAAAUUAGUGGCACAAGCUAUUAUAUUUUUUACAGCCGGUAUAGAGGGUCCAGCGACAGCUAUUUCACAAGGUUUAUAUCACAUAGCUUUAAAUUCAAAUAUUCAGCGUAGAUUAAGAAAGGAAAUCAAACAAGCAUUAGCUGAUAAUAAUAAUGAAUUAACAUUUGAAAUUAUAAAAGAAAUGCCUUAUUUAGAUGCAUGUGUUCGUGAAUCAUUUCGAAUGGCUAUUGCAUUACCAUUUCUUGAUAGACAGGCUAGUGAAGAUUAUAAAGUGCCAGGAACUGAUUUAAUUAUUGAAAAAGGAAUGGGAAUAUUUAUAUCAUUGUAUGGUAUGCAUUAUGAUCCAAAAUAUUUUCCAAAUCCUAAUAAAUUUGACCCAGAAAGAUUUCUAACGAAUAAAUCAAAACUGGAUCAAUUUGCAUAUUUGCCUUUUGGAGCAGGACCACGUAAUUGUAUUGGUGCUCGUUUUGCGGAUAUACAAGUAAAAAUUGGGUUAAUAAAUAUUUUAAAAGAUUUUCAAGUAGAAGCGGCAAAAAAAAUUGACGAACCAUUCAAGGCACAUCCAAGAGGUUUCUUCUACACACUCGCAAAUGGUUAUGAUUUAAGAUUUAAAAAAGAUGACGAUAUAAACGAUUAA